AUGGCUCCCGUCUAUAUACGACACUCCACAGUGUCGUCGGCAACUACGGUCGCCUCCCUCUCCAAGCUCAUCCACCUCGUUCCCGCCGUCCUCUCGAAUCGCCAUGUCAAACGCGGCGCCGAGUUUGUGAUUGCUCAACAAACCGGAGGCGACGAGGAAGGUCCGCCUGCCGACUCACCAGAGUUCAUGGUCAGGCUGUCCUUAGCCUUUGUUUUUGUCAUUCUCGGCGGCAUCUUUGCUGGACUGACCCUCGCGCUCAUGGGCACCGAUGACCUUAACCUCCGCGUUCUCGCGACCUCGUCCUCCGAUCCCGCAGAGCGCCGGAACGCUGCCAAGGUCCUCCGGCUCCUCAGCAAGGGCCGUCAUUGGGUCUUGGUCGUCCUGCUCCUCAGCAACGUUAUCGUCAACGUGUCGCUUCCCGUCUUUCUGGACCCCGUGGUUGGCGGAGGUGUUCAGGCAGUUAUUUUGUCCACGGUGAUGAUUCUCAUCUUUGGCGAAGUCAUUCCUCAGGCUGUUUGCGUCCGCUAUGGUCUUCAGAUCGGCGGCGCCUGCGCACCCGCGGUGUGGGCCAUGAUGCUCACUUUCGCUCCCAUUGCUUGGCCCAUCGCCAAGUUCCUCGACUGGAUUCUUGGUCACGAUGCCGGUCACACGUACAAGAAGGCCGAGCUGAAGAGUUUCCUCCAGUUCCACCGCGAGGGCGAGGAGCCACUUCGUGACGACGAAAUCACCAUUCUGAAUGGUGUGCUGUCGUUAAACGAUCGCAAGGUCAAUCAGAUCAUGACGCCCAUCGGCGACUGCCUCACGCUUGCUUCCGACAAGGUUCUCGACCGCGAUGCCAUCGACCAAAUCCUUAUCUCGGGCUUCUCCCGUAUCCCGGUCCACGAGGCAGGUCAGCCUGAUAACUUCAUCGGCAUGCUGCUCGUCAAGAGGCUCAUCUCGUACAACCCUGAGGACGGCCUGCCCGUUUCCAAGUUUCCCCUUCUGUCUCUUCCAGAGGCCAAGCCCAACCUGAACUGCUUCCAGGCGCUUGACUACUUCCAGACUGGCCGUGCACACCUGCUGCUGAUCAGUGACACGCCCGGCCAGAGGGGCGGCGCCGUUGGUGUUCUGUCUCUCGAGGAUCUCAUCGAAGAGAUCAUUGGUGAGGAGAUCAUCGACGAGACAGACCUCUUCCAGGACAAUCACUCGAAGAGAAAGGCGCAGCGCAAGGCUACUGCUACCAUUAUGCGCGGCAUCAUUGAACGCAACCGUGUGAUCAACGCCCUUAGCCGACGACCCUCGGGAGCUGCAGGUUCCCCCGACCAUUCCCCUGCACCUCUUCGUGAGGGGACUCGUGAGGGUGUUCUCGUCAACCUUAUCGACACUCCAUACUCCGUCAACGAUUCCGACAAUCACGACUACCUGACUGCGAAGGGUGCCAACAGGCAGAGUAGCCGGGACGUGAUUUACGCGUCUCCCAAGCCCCGUCUCAUCGACAUUGACGAAUCACCGCCCGCGUACCCCGAACAGACGGGCGAGCAAUCUCAGCCAUCCAGCCACCACGAGGUCGACGUCGCCGUCAUCGCGCAGAGCCCCGACACCGUUAGGGAAACGAUAAUCACUGCGCCUGCAGGUGACACCAAGGAGGACGGUUCGGUUGCCAAGAUUGCGAAGGAGAUUACGGAGGAGAUUACGGAGGAGAUCAGCGGCCAGGGCAAGCUCAUUGAGGUCACUGUGACCGAUACGGACGAGGCCGUGGACGAAAUCGAGGGCAGCGUCGAGGGCAGCACGGACGCCGACGCGAGUGACUCGACCACCAAGGCUCCCGCCACUUCGACUUCUGCGUCUGCGCCCACGUCUGCGCCCACGUCCAGCACGUCCAAGUCGGGCGGCAAGAAGCGGAAGAACAAGAAGAAGAAGAAGGGCGACGCUGAAGAUCCCAAGAUGCCGGAACCGUAUCCAACCGCCACGUCGUUCGCGACGACCGCGCAAGCCUUUGUGGCCAAGUAUCCACAUGAGCGGGACGCAGCCCUUGGUCCAGAACGCACGAACGCAGGCUGGGAAUGGCGUACCAAGGUGGACAAGUUCCGAGGCGAACAGGGAUAUCUCGCGCGCCGGGCGACACUGUUGCUCCCUUCAGAGGGAAUCCAGGAAGGAGAAGAGGAGGAGCUGUGGGAAGAGGAGGACGAUGCGGUUGCGCCUCAUGCCCCACGCCGUCUCGAGGUCGAGUACAGCGUCGUGUGGAGUGCAAGUUACCGCGUGCCCAUGCUGUGUUUCCGGGCUUGGGACGAGAGUGGUACACCCUCGCCCCUUGCCACUGUCGCUGCGCACUUCCUCCGCGCGUCUAUCCCGACGGACACGGAGACCGGGUCGCGCGGGGACGCGCUGCUCCUUCCGGCCGCCCCUUUUCCGCUCAUCCAGGCGAGCGAGCAUCCCGUCACGGGCGCCGCAGUGUGGAGCGUCCACCCGUGCGAGGUGCGGAAUGCUGUUCAGGAGAUUGUAGCGGCUGAAGGAGGGGAAGGGGACAGGCUGCGCUGGCUCGAAGCGUGGUUCAUGCUCUCGGACUCUGUGGUUGAUCUGACUCUAUAA